AUGCCCUCGACCAUUAAACUGUACACGGCUAAGUUAAGCCCACCGGGACGAUCGGUGGAGCUGACAGCAAAGGCACUCGGGCUGGAGUUGGAGAUCGUCCCGAUUAAUCUGCAGGCGGGUGACCAUCUGAAGGAGGACUUUGUGAAGCUGAACCCCCAGCACACGAUUCCGCUGAUCGACGACAACGGUACGACCGUAUGGGAUAGCCACGCGAUCAUCGUCUAUCUGGUGACAAAGUACGGCAAAGAUGAUAGUCUGUAUCCGACGGACGUGGUGACUCGCUCCAAGGUCAAUGCAGCGUUGCACUUCGACUCGGGCGUACUGUUCGCCAGAGCGAGAUUCUGUUUGGAACCUGUACUGUACUACGGAGCUACUGAGAUACCUCAGGAGAAGAUUGACAACCUGUACCGUGCGUACCAGCUGCUGAACGACACUCUCAUCGAUGAUUAUAUUGUGGGCAAUCGGAUGACACUGGCCGAUCUAAGCUGUAUUGCUAGCAUUUCUUCGAUGCAUGCCAUCUUUCCGAUCGAUGAAGCCAAAUACCCGAAACUGACCGCUUGGGUAGCGCGUCUUGCAAAGUUGCCAUACUACGAGGUUACCAACCAGGAAGGUGCCGAGGAACUAGCUCAGCAGUAUCGCGCAAAGUUGGAGGAAAACCGUGCGAAAGCUCAUUGCACAUUCCGCAAGAUGGCUACACCAAGCAUGGUACUGUAUUACGAUGAAGUUAGCCCACCGGUACGAGGCGUUCUACUGACGAUCGCUGCACUGGGUGUGAAGGACCGAAUCAAGUUCAAGUACAUCAAUCUCUUCAAUGGUGGCCAUCUCAGUGCUGACUUCUUAAAGGUAAAUCCGCUGCAUACGAUUCCAGUGCUGCGUCACGGUGACUUGACGCUCAUCGACAGUCAUGCCAUAUUGAUGUAUCUUUGCGAUACAUUCGCAACACCCGGGGAUACAUUAGCCAUACCGGAUACUUUAACGCGAGCGAAAGUCUACAACAUGUUGUGCUUCAACAAUGGUCACCUAUUUCAACGUGACGCAGAGGUUAUGCGGAAAAUUUUUAGUGGCGCUAUUACCGAUCCAACGAACCAUCUCAAACCAAUCAAGGAGACGAUAGAUGCGUUGGAACAUUUCCUUCACCAAUCUCGCUAUGUCGCACUCAACCAUCUUUCGGUGGCGGAUUUCGCCAUAGUAGCCACACUUAGUACACUGAACCUCUUGGUACCUAUCGAAGCUGAUCGAUGGCCGCGCGUGCAUGAGUGGUUCAAGGAGAUGCAAACGCUGCCCUACUACAAUGACCAGAAUCGUGUUGGGUUGGAAAAGUUGCGUGAAAAAUUGAGCACAAAAAUUAAGAUCUAA